CCAGGACAAUAGACAUUUGAUGAAGGCUAGAAGAAGUUACUCCUAACAGAUAAGAGAUUGGAUGUGGCGCGCCAAAAUAGCUUCCCCAACUACAGUUCAUGGCGUUUCCUCUAUCCUCCGCCUUCAUAUCUCACAAGGCCUCUAUCGCUACCUCUCUCAAUCCGUCUCUUACACAGCAACGCAGCCACCUAUUUCAAUCAAACCCUACUUGUAGAAAAAGCGCUCUCUUUCGCCCCACAUUUUGCUGCAUUUUUCCAAAAAGCCCUUCGACGGAUGUCAACAGGAAGCACAAAAUUUUGUCCAACUUUUGUGCAUCAACUUUGAAAGACGGAGCUAAAAGAUUUGAGAGCACAAUUGCCGUGAUCCUUUUUUUUGUUCAAAUUGCAUCCCCAUUACCUUUCACUGCUUGGAAUUCUUUGUCUAUUUCUUCUGCUGAAGCAGUGCUUUAUUCUCCAGACACUAAAGUUCCUAGAACAGGGGAACUAGCCUUGAGAAAGGCUAUCCCAGCAAACACAAAUAUGAAAACUAUUCAGGAUUCUCUGGAGGACAUCUCAUACUUGUUAAGGAUUCCACAGAGAAAGCCCUUUGGGACAAUGGAGGGCAACGUGAAGAAAGCUCUAAAGAUUGCAGUGGAUGACAAGGAUUCUAUCAUAGCUAGCAUUCCAGCAGAUUUGAGGGAAAAGGGUUCAGAGUUGUAUGAUUCACUGAUAGAUGGGAAGGGAGGAUUGAAAACUCUUCUUGAGUGCAUAAAGGAUAAGGACCCAGACAAAGUAUCAGUCGGUCUAGCAUCUUCACUAGAUGCUGUUGCACAACUGGAGCUGUUACAGGCCCCAGGGUUGUCCUUCUUGCUGCCUCAGCAGUACUUGAAAUAUCCAAGGCUCACAGGGAGAGGAAUUGUAGAGUUAGUCAUUGAGAAAGGUGAUGGUGCAACAUUCUCUCCUGAAGCUGGUGGUGAGUCAAGAAAAACAGCCACAAUUCAGGUUGUUUUAGAUGGAUAUUCAGCACCAUUGACUGCAGGGAACUUUGCAAAACUGGUGGUCGACGGGGCUUACAAUGGGGUGAAGCUCAGUUGUAUUAACCAAGCAAUUCUCUCAGACAGCAAGAACAGUGGUUAUAGUGUUCCCCUGGAGAUAAUGCCAUCUGGGCAAUUUGAGCCACUGUACAAAACAACUCUCAGUGUGCAGGAUGGAGAGCUGCCUGUGCUUCCACUAUCUGUUUAUGGUGCAGUUGCCAUGGCUCACAGUGACGUUUCAGAGGAGUAUUCAUCACCAUAUCAGUUUUUCUUUUACCUUUAUGAUAAGAGAAGUGCUGGCUUAGGUGGGUUGUCUUUUGAUGAGGGCCAGUUUUCUGUCUUUGGAUACACAACUGUUGGACGAGAAACUCUUCCUGAGAUUAAAACCGGGGAUCUGAUUCGAUCCGCAAAGCUAGUGGAGGGUCAAGAUCGCCUGGUAUUCCCGGUUGAGAGUUAAUCUGCUGUCUUUCUGGACUGGAACGCUCUCCUGUUCUUUUGAAUUUGUUGUCAACUUCUCAGAUUCAUCCUGGUUUUCUGUGCAGGCUUUGACGUGAAGUUCCUAAUAGUAGAUUGGUAAUUUCUUCAUGUGGAAUUAUGCCUGUAACUAUAUUUUUGCCCCUUUGAUAACCAUGGGAAAUGUUGCCAGCUAAUAGCUUUUACAUCCCUUUGAAAUUUGCACGUGCAUCUGAUGUAAACUGUUCUUUGAUUUUUGGACAUCCAAUGUAGCUAACUUCAUUCUUCUUUC